GUCGAGGUUAAUUUGUACUUUUGCGUUUACCAUUUAAAAUGCUUUCUCAGUCGACAGUUAGUAUGUAAUUGAUCGUUCAUCAUGAAGGAACACAAGAGCAUCAGCAACGAUAAGCUCGUCAGCUUAGAAGAUGGGUUAAUUCCCAAUAUAGAGACUUCCUACGUUAAACGUAUGGUGAGAACAACAAAUGGCUGUAAACAAUUGGUACAGUGCAUAAAAUUUCUGUUGUAUUUUGAAUUGUUGCUAUUCGUCGGAUGGGCUUUUUACACCAUAAUGGAAACAUAUACUGUUGAAUCAAUGGAGCACAAAAUUACGGACAGUAUUCGAGAUUCGGAAUCGCACAACUCACACUCUCGACAAUUACCUUACGAAGAAACGACAAUCAUACCUAGCAAUUUUCUUGCGGAAAUGGAAAAUUUAUUACAGACAGAAAAGACAUUGGAGAAAACCCUUGAGGAACAAUUUAAUAAACAACUACACAGUGUUGAAACUGGUAUGAAUUUUGUCACAACGACAGAAGAACCUAAUUUGAAGAAGGUCGAAGAAGAUAACAUCAGAGCCAAACAUUCUCCUUUAUUAGUGACUAAAGUUCCAAGAUUACUAGUAGAAGAACUUGAGAAAGAUUUCGAGACCAAUGAAUCCGAAAGUUUAUUACCGAUAGAAGACGCAUUGGAGAAAAUUCUUAAGGAACAAUUUAAGAAACACAGUGUUGAAACUGAUAUGAAUUUUGUCACAACGACAGAAGAACCUAAUUCGAAGAAGGUCGAAGAAGAUCACAUCAAAGCCGCACGUUCUCCUUUAUUAAUGACUAAUGUUCCAAAAUUGGUAGUAGAAGAACUUGAGAAAGAUUUCGAGACCAAUGAAUCCGAAAGUUUAUUACCGAUAGAAGACGCAUUGGAGAAAAUUCUUAAGGAACAAUUUAAGAAACACAGUGUUGAAACUGAUAUGAAUUUUGUCACAACGACAGAAGAACCUAAUUCGAAGAAGGUCGAAGAAGAUCACAUCAAAGCCGCACGUUCCCCUUUAUUAAUGACUAAUGUUCCAAAAUUGGUAGUAGAAGAACUUGACAAAGAUUUCGAGACCAAUGAAUCCGAAAGUUUAUUACCGAUAGAAAAUGCAUUGCAGAAAACCCUUGAGGAACAAUUUAAGAAACAAUUACACAGUAUUGAAACUGAUAUGAAUUUUGUUACAACGACAGAAGAACCUAUUUCGAAGAAGGUCGAAGAAGAUCACAUCAAAGCCGCACGUUCUCCUUUAUUAAUGACUAAUGUUCCAAAAUUGGUAGUAGAAGAACUUGACAAAGAUUUCGAGACCAAUGAAUCCGAAAGUUUAUUACCGAUAGAAAAUGCAUUGCAGAAAACCCUUGAGGAACAAUUUAAGAAACAACUACACAGUAUUGACACUGAUAUGAAUUUUGUCACAACGACAGAAGAACCUAAUUCGAAGAAGGUCGAAGGAGAUCACAUCAAAGCCGCACGUUCUCCUUUAUUAAUGACUAAUGUUCCAAAAUUGGUAGUAGAAGAACUUGAGAAAGAUUUCGAGACCAAUGAAUCCGAAAGUUUAUUACCGAUAGAAAAUGCAUUGCAGAAAACCCUUGAGGAACAAUUUAAGAAACAAUUACACAGUAUUGAAACUGAUAUGAAUUUUGUUACAACGACAGAAGAACCUAAUUCGAAGAAGGUCGAAGAAGAUCACAUCAAAGCCGCACGUUCUCCUUUAUUAGUGACUAAUGUUCCAAAAUUACUAGUAGAAGAAAUUGAGAAAGAUUUCGAGACCAAUUAUUCCGAAAGUUUAUCCCAGAUAGAAAAUGCAUUCGAUAAAAUCCUUGACGAAUUAUUUAAUAAACAACUACACAGUGGUGAAACUAAUAUGAAUUUUGACACAACGAGAAAAGAACCUAAUUUGGAGAAGGUCGAAGAAGACCACAUUAGAGCCAAACAUUCUCCUUUAUUAGUGACUAGUGUUCCAAGAUUGGUAGUAGAAGAACUUGAGAAAGAUUUGGAGACCAAUGAAUCCGAAGAUACUAAUCCUGAUUCAUCCAAGUCGGAAGAUACUAAUUCUGAUUCAUCCAAAUCAGAAGAACCAAGUCUGGUAUGGAAUUUUGGUUUCCUUCCAUUCCCGAACAUUUAUAAUAUUAAAGCACAAUCAGAAUCGAGCCCGAAUGACAGCGACAAAUCGGAGAGUACAGAAAUUGUAGAAGAACUUUUAGAAAUGGAUAACCAUAGAGCAACAGAUGGUAUUGACAAAGAGACCGCUGUCUUAAUAGACCAGAUAUUGUUGUCAUUAAUAUUACAGGAAGCUCGUCGCGACGGCCAAAUAAUGAACAUUUCAGAAGAUGACAUGAACCCUAAACUUCAGGACUCGACGUUUGGCGAACAGUUCUAUGGCAUGGAUGGAGACGAUACACGUCUAAUGACAUCAUUUCAAACCGAUUCUGGAAGCGAAGAUUGGAAAGAUGAUUCUGUUUACGAUGAUAUCAUCAUUAAUCGAAGUGUUCGUGAAAAUACGAACGACAGAACACCAGGAGAUUUUAAUGAACAAAAUCAUGAAUUCACUCCGAUGAUUGGAGGUGAUUUUAUUGAAGUAAAUCCAAAUACGAAUGUCGAUGACAUACAAGCUGUUAUAAGAAGUUACUUAAAUUCAAAGCAAGGCGAAGUUGGAAGGGGUGAAAUAUUUUCAUUUCCAGAUGCUAAAUCUGGGGAAACUGCGAAACAGAAUUUUGAACCAGACAUGUCUUCGUGGAUAUCUGGGACAGACGAAGUAUACGAUCCACCGGUAUUCACUGGGGCAGAUAUCUCAUGGGCCAAAUCAAUAGAUAAGAGGGGUAUUUCUGAUGUAAGCAUGAAUCAAGAACUUCCAUACAUGCGUGUGGAAAAUGUAGAAGGAUUCGAUGAGCGUUUAGUACCACAGUUUCCUGACAAAUUAAAUCAAAAUAAUGUAAUGAGUAGACUGAGACCGGAAAUUGCGGAGACGUCGUAUCGCCGCCGCUAAAACCUUAUUUUAACUGCCCCGCCCUUUUUGCAUCUUUCACAUGUCAUUCUACUCGUCUUGUGAUUCUAUUACAGAUGCACACGCAUGAGUAAAAUUCUAUGAACUAGUAAGAAAGGUUUAUGUGAAUAUCUUAAAAUCUUGUAAUUUCCACCAAGAACGACAAUCAUAUUCGUAUUAAAGGGCGGGGGGUUAAAGUAAAGUUCAAUCGCGUAAGUAACGAAGGAAGAUCAUUACAUACUCUGAUAGAAGAUGAGAAAUCUGCAUCUCUUUCGGAUAAUUUCAUCCCUGAGGAAAAGAAUUUAUUACCACGACAAAUUGCAACUGUUUGUAUUUACGAGCAACAACUAAUGAAAAUCGAUUUUAACGAAUUUUAACGAUUUUAGCGAAUCUUUAUUUAAAUCAAUUAUUUUAUUUGAACGACGAUUAUAUCUCACAAGAGUUUCCAUCGGAUUAUUUAACAAAAUAAAGAAAAAUAAAUUAUUUCUUAAGAUUUAAAAGCAAA